UUACUACUACCUAGUUGUAACCCUAGCGCUGACAUUGAAACAAUCGUCAUCGGCUCCCGGCUUAAUCGUGUUUGAAGUUCAAUAGUUGAAGAAAGUAAAUCGGUGAAAUUCGCUUUUGUAAGUGUUCAAUAUCGUGUGAUAUCGAAGAUGACUACAUCGAACGAAUCAGCGCCGUCGGAUUUUUCCAACGAGGACUUUAUGACGAACCCAUCGCUGGCCAUGGAUGCCUGCUUCACUGCGUUCGACAAGGACGGGGACGAUCGCUUGUCGUUGGCGGAGUUUACGCUGAUCUGUCGAGCGCUGUUCCGGAAUGACAAGGGCCACAUCUACGUGGUGCCCUCGGAACGGCUGGACGAGAUGUUUGCCGUGUUCGACAAGAACGAGGACGGAUAUAUUGACCGGGAGGAGUUCCAGUUUUGCUGGAACCAAUGGAUCAAGACGAUUGUACGACCAAUCAGCGCCUUUCUCAUCGUGGACGUCCAGAACGAUUUCAUCAGUGGAUCGCUGAAUAUCAGCAACUGCAGUGCUCAGCAGAAUGGGUUGGAGGUGAUUGACCCGAUAAACAAGCUCCUGGAUACGGUGGACUUCGACUCGGUGUUCUACUCCCUGGAUUGGCAUCCGAGCGACCACGUUUCCUUCAUCGAUAACAUCAAGCAGCGACCCAUUCACCCGACCAGCCCGUUGAACGCCGAUAACGCCCAAGUGUACGAUACGGUUAUUUUCGCCGGUCCGCCCCCGAUGAAGCAACGACUUUGGCCACGGCAUUGCGUCCAGGAUUCCUGGGGCUCGGAGCUGCACAAGGACUUGAAGAUUGUCGAUCAGGGCAUCAAGGUGUACAAGGGCACCAAUCCGGAGGUGGAUUCGUACUCGGUCUUUUGGGACAACAAAAAGCUUUCGGACACGACGCUGUGCGGACAGCUGCGGAUGAAGGGCGCCACCGACAUUUACGUCUGCGGGCUGGCAUACGAUGUGUGCGUAGGUGCGACGGCGAUUGAUGCUUUGUCAGCUGGCUAUCGGACAAUAUUGAUUGACGACUGUUGCCGUGGAGUGGAUGUGAAUGACAUCGAGAGCACCAAACAGACGAUGAUAUCGAACAACGGGGUGAUCAUCAAUUCCAGAGAGGUCAAAGCGAUGGUGGAGGGCCGCGAUCGCCGGCCGGAACUGGGCUAUAAGCUGGCCAUGGAGCUGAAGAACGCCGAUUCGGACCUGUCGAAAAACAACGCCUGCCGACGACAGUCCCAACCGCAGCAGGACAGGCCGCAGUAAAAAAUAUGGUGCUUUUACCACCCUCCCUACAGAAAAGCUGGUACACAGCUUCCAGCAUGACACUACUGGCGCUCUCAUUAAUUUUUCGGUAUCAGUUCUGUUUGAGUUGAGAUUUUUUUUCCUGCACAACGUUCGUCAACUCGGUUUCCGGUCUAUGGAUUUUUGCUGUCCUGUCUGUGGCGAUGAUGACGAAAAAUACGAAGGCAUGAAGGACAUAGCAUUUCCAUUUCGGUGACGGUUUCCGGUCAGUGAUUCCUAUUUGAGCUGGGGGGUGGUUUCCGUCAUCGUCGUCGUCGGGGUGGAUUUGUCUGGCUGACCUGCGGCUAAAUUUAUCUUUAUCAUGUGCCUAAUAAAUGGCAUGGUUUUUGUUUUCUCUUUAGUUUUAGGUACAUUGUUCAGGUGCUUGAAAAUCAUCCUAUCACUUAAUACUUAUCAGCUAUUCUUACUUAAGCUACUGUUAUUUAAGAUUGUUUAUAAUUUUUAGAAAGAAAUAGUACGCUAACAGCAACAAAGUGCUUGAAAACAGUAAAAGAAUGUUCAGCAACUACUUACAACUUCUACUGUUUGUAAAACUAGUUUCAUUUUGUAACAGUCUCAACCAGCAUUGCAUUAAUGUCUUUAAAGUCUCUAUUUUAACAGAAACGGUUUCUAAAGUUACUUAUUUCCUUGAUUUGCGUGCAGUGAAUUCUGCUGCAAAAUGCUUGUGGCUCCAAAGACUAUUACUUGAAUAAUUCAGGAAGGAUUUUCGAAUCAAUCUGGUGGGAAUCUAGGAUCAUAUUCCAAAGGUGUUUUUGGAUGAAUCCAAGAGGGAUUUCCAGAAGAAUCCCUGAAAAAUUUCACGUAAUGCGAACGGAGUGUUAGAUAAAGAAUGAAACUUGUUUUACAAGCAACUUAUGCAACAGCCCCAUAGAUGGACACCAAUUUAUUCUGAAACCCCAACAGUUACUAAAGCGACCUUUCUAGUAGAUUAGUUAUAGGUUAAACUUUGCCGCGGUGGAGGUUUCUAUUUUAUAAGUAGCGUCACUUUUGCACUUUACUUAGUUAAAAUAGUCCUUCUUUAAGUAGAAUGUGCUCUUUCCCUUUCAAACAUUUUCCAUCUUAGUAGAGUUAUGACUAAGUGUAUCAUUAUGAUGGUUUAGUGUUUUUUAUAAUCCAAGAAAUGACAAAACAAAAACAGAAGGUGAUAAAUUAUAGUUAAUGAUGCAGAAAUUAUCCGGAAACAUGCAAGGUAAUAGAUUUAGAUGAUAGAAAAAUCAAACAGAUUAUCAUAUAGAAUUGUUGACCUAUUUUCUCCCAGUGUAGAUGGCCAUAGUUGAAAAUUAUUGUAGAAAAAGUCUAAUGAAUUCCUAGCUUGUACCUUAACCACACAGUCGAACAUCACAAACAAGUUCUGUAAACAUGAUGUAAUAAAACGGAAAACUCACGUGAAUAGCCCCACACUGAUGAGCA